AUGCCGGCAUCAGUACCAGAUUGUGUGCCUUCAGGCGUUGCUGACCGCUCUCAGUGGCCACGAGAUGGCACUGCCAGUAUUGGCAGCCAGCUCAAAAGCGGGUACAACCAUGCAGUGUCCGCCAUGUGGCAGUCUGAGAAGCUCUUACACAAGUCCAUGUUUAUCUACCCCGUUUUCUUGUCCGCCGACCCAGAGAUGGAAGAGCCGAUCACCAGUCUUCCAAACCAGCACAGGAGAGGAAUCAACAAGCUAAUCCCAUUUCUCGAAACCCUUGUCGCCAAGGGACUCCAUUCAAUCCUGCUGUUUGGCUCACCUCCGAGCACUGAUUUGAAAGAUGGCUCUGGCUCCCUAGCGGACGAUAUUAGAGGCCCUAUCUUACCCGCAAUCCCACUUAUUCGCGAGGCGUUUCCUGACCUAUACAUCGUCGCUGAUGUUAGUCUUUGCGAGUACACGGAUCACGGCCAUUGUGCCGUGCUCUUUAAGGACGGCACGGUUGAUAACGAGGCUUCUGUUGCCCGUAUCUCGGAUAUUGCGCUUUCUUUCGCCCAGGCCGGUGUGCACUGUGUAGCUCCUUCAGACAUGAGCGACGGCCGCAUCCGUGCUAUCAAACUAAAGCUUAUCAGUGCCCGUCUCGAAAGCAAAGUAGCAGUUAUGUCGUACGCAGCCAAGUAUGCUAGCUGCCUUUACGGGCCAUUCCGUGAGGCCGCGGCAUCCACGCCUCGCUUUGGAGAUCGCAAACGCUAUCUAUUGCCGCCCCCUGCACGGGGACUCGCUCGAAAGGCGAUGACACGCGAUUUGCGAGAAGGUGCUGAUAUGAUUAUGGUGAAACCUGCGUACCCAGAUAUUAUCAGUGAUGGCAAAGAACUUUCUGAGGUGCCCGUUGUUGCCAUGCAGGUCUCGGGCGAGUUUGCUAUGGUGCAUGCUGCGGCUGCAGCAGGGGUUUUCGAUUUAAAGGAGAUGGCUUUUGAAACUUCAGAAAUCAUUGUGCGUGCUGGUGCUGAUGCUAUCGUCAGCUACUUUACUCCAGAAUUCCUCGACUGGCUAUCUUGA